AUGACGAGCUCGCCAGCCAUAGCUCAACUUUUCACAAACUCAAACAUCAAACUAGCCAUCAAAGAGCUCUCUGAGGCAUGUGCUGACGAAGGCCUCAAUCUCGCCAAGCCGACGCUGACCUCCAUGACCAAAAUGUAUUCGAGCCCACGGAUUCAAGAGUGCAUGACAAAGGUCGCCCAGUCGAUGAAAGACGCAGGAAUAGAGCUCACAGAUGAGGACAGGAAAGCUAUGAUUGAUCUGCUGCGAGUUAUGAACCGAUUUCGGGAAAAUAUUGCCCGUACACAGAGAGAAUUUUACGCUAGAAGACAAGACAGCGACACGUCUUCACUUUCUUCGAUAUCUUCCGCAGAUUACGCUGAGGUUCAAGAGCGGAUAUCGGCCCGGCGUGCGCAACAGGCCACUCACCUUCACGACCCUACUGGGGAGUUCGAAACCAAGCAGGCCGUCAAGCCAAAUACCCCUGAGCCCACCAUGAGCUUGGAUGAGGCGGUAUCAAGGCCGUCCAAGAAGCGCAUAAGAGAUAUCUCUGAUGGCGAAUCCGACUACCUCCCUGGAGAUGAGGACUGGACGGAAAAAACUCUCAAGAAGAAGAAGAAGAAGGGGUCGUAUAGACCAUUCUGGUGGACGAAAAGAAAAGCCAAUUCACCAUUCCACGACUAUUCCAACGCCUACACCGGGAACAAUCGAGUUGCAGGACGACAUCUCUCGAGGUGUAUGGCAUGCGUUGCAAAGAAAACUGGUGAACCCUGUCGGUUUCGAGGUAUCAGAGCGUUUGCCAUUGAUAAUGACGGAAAGCCGUCUGGGCCACCAGUAUUCAGUGGCAUGAGCUUGCCUGCGCACGCACAGUCACUACCAACUGGACUAAUUUACCCGACAAAAUGGUUUGUUCAACCUUCAGUCGAACAGAUCAAUAGAAUCAAGUCAAGCGUUGCCCAAAUUUUGCUCCCAAUCCUGCAAACAGAAAAGCAAAAACUUGCCGGGAAGGAAUCUAUUACCAUCCACAGGAUGCGGGAAAUGGACGUAAGGGUUACCUGCGAUAGGUGUCUCACGUCCAUCUUCUCCGCUUCGUUCAUUUGUACCAAAUGUGGGCGAGACUUCUGUAUUGACUGCUACGAUGUCCUUGAGGCAUAUGGGAGAGCCAGCCCGAACGCUGAACAGCCAAGUCUCAAUCUACGGUAUCAGACUUGCGGUCCGUCGAAUAAGCCACACUUUCACACCUCGGAAGAUUUUCUGCCUGUGUCGAGAUUGGGAAUAGCAGGAAUUGGUCGCCAUAUCCGAGAAAUGGAAGGAGUUCUGACGGCUCUCAGCUCACACCGAACCUUUUCCAUCAACAAUCCACCAAGUGAUAUCACCGAACAUCUGGUGAUGUCGAAGGAAACACCUUUAGCUCAAACAUCAUCCUUGGAAUUGAAGACUGGCGGAACUCAACCUGCCACGAUUCUGAGCUCGGAGGCAUCGUUGAAUGCCGGUCCACAAACUUUGCACUUCCAGCGAUCCUUCCUUGGCCAAGAGUCAGGGCCUCAGCAAACUCCCUCAGACGCUGCUGGAGUUCAGUCACUUCCAAUCCCAUAUUUCCAUCAUUCGCUACUGGGUGAUGACGAAUUUCAGCGCCUGUGGAGUGCGGGAAGUACCAUCGUGGUCAGCAACUUGCUGGAGAAACUCAAAAUCGAAUGGACACCUGACUACUUUAUCCAGCACCACGGCUCUGAGACCUGCUGGGUUACUGACUGUGAGAAUGAGACUCGACAUCCGUCCAAUGUUCGUGACUUUUUCUCUCAAUUCGGAAACUACUCGACGAGAGAAGGUAGAAUACUCAAGCUCAAGGAUUGGCCACCAAGUGCCGAUUUCAGGACAGCGUUUCCCGCGUUAUUCGAGGACUUUCAUAGCAUUGUCCCCGCACCAAACUAUACUCGACGAGACGGCUUCUUUAACAUCGCAGCCCACUUUCCAACAAACAUUGUCGCCCCGGAUAUGGGCCCAAAAAUGUACAACGCAUUUGCUUCGGAUGAGGAAAAGUUUGGAUCUACCCGCCUUCAUAUGGACAUGGCAGAUGCAGUAAAUAUUAUGCUCUACUCAUCUCCUCGAGACGGAGAAGAGGCUGGAUUCGCUGUUUGGGAUAUUUAUCCUUCGGAAAAUGCCAACGAAAUCCGCGCGUUUCUGCAAGAAGAGUUCCCCCCGGAGAAAUGUUCCAUCUCGUACAUUGACCCAAUUCACUCGCAGUACUUCUAUCUCACCCCUCAACUUCGGAAAAGGCUUUACGAGAGGCAUGGAGUACGAGCGUGGAGAAUUUAUCAACGGCCUGGUGAUGCUGUUUUCAUUCCGGCGGGUUGCGCACAUCAGGUCUGUAAUCUAGCUGACUGUAUCAAGGUGGCAGUCGAUUUUGUGUCUCCCGAGAAUCUGGACCGUUGCAGUCGCCUUACUUCAGAAUUUCGGCACGAGAACGCCAAAUUGGCAUGGAAAGAUGACAUUUUACAACUAUCGAAUAUGUGCUGGUCCGCAUGGGAGCAUACGAAUCGUCUGGAGGGGGCCUCAACCCGACCAUAA